AAUGUCAAAAAUGAAAUUUGACAUCAUAAUAAUAUCUUUAACCUAUAAAAUGAGAAAUCUACAGUUAGUUUAUUCUCUAAAUAACGGCAAGCAAUAUUCUACCCAGUUGCUGAAUUAUGUUCCCAAACAUAAUCCAGUUCUAGACAGUGACGUGAGAUUACUAGAAGAUUUCAUAAGUAGUUCGAAAAGAAUCGCUGUUCUCACAGGAGCUGGUAUAUCUACAGAAUCUGGAAUUCCUGACUAUCGCUCUGAGGAAGUCGGGCUUUAUGCUAGAAUUAAUCACAGACCGAUUCAACAUCAAGAAUUUAUAAAAUCAGCUUUGGUUAGGCAAAGGUACUGGGCCAGAAACUAUGUGGGUUGGACUAGAUUUUCAAACAGUCAACCUAAUGCAGUACAUUUUUCAAUUAGAAAUUUGGAAAUAUGUCAUAAUAAAGUUUCAAGUGUAAUAACACAAAAUGUAGACAGCCUCCAUUACAAGGCGGGUAGCAAAAACAUUAUUGAACUACAUGGAACGGCAUUUAAAGUGAUAUGUUUGCAUUGUGGAAAGGCUUUCUGUAGACACUUCAUACAGGAGAAGUUGUCGAAAAUGAACCCCAAUAUGAAAGAAACUUCCACAAUGGUUCGACCAGAUGGCGAUGUGGAAUUAUCUCAAGAAAACAUUAUGGGGUUUAGACCACCCUACUGUGACUCUUGUGGAGGUCCUCUAAAGCCCGAUAUAACAUUUUUUGGAGGCAAUGUUCCUAAAACUAGGGUCGACACUGUUCGGGAUGUGGUUUCGGGAAGCAACUCAUUAUUGGUUUUAGGAUCAAGUCUGUCAGUGUUUUCGGGUUAUAGGAUUAUUUUGCAGGCCGUAGAAGAGAAAAAAAGUGUGUGUAUCGUUAAUAUAGGCCCUACCAGAGCGGAUAAAUUAGUAGAAUUGAAGAUAUCUGCUAAAUGUGGUGAUAUAUUACCAAGAAUUUGUUAAUUCUUUUGUGACUAAAUAUGUACAUAAAGUUUAAUACAGUU